GGUGUGGUAUGGGAACACAUUACAGCCAAAAUGGCGGCGAGUGUCUUUACGUGCUGUCUGUCUCCGCAGGAGAUGGAGGCAAAAUCCAAGAGUAAAGCCAUCGAUAAGGAACUGAGCAAGUACAAAUCCUACAUCAGGAGGGAAAUCAAGAUCUUGCUGCUCGGUGCCGGCGAGAGUGGGAAAAGUACUUUCCUGAAACAGAUGAAAAUCAUCCACGGACAGGAGUUCACGGAUGAUGAUGUGAAAGACUACCGCAAUAUAAUCUACUCGAACGUUAUCAAGGGGCUGAAAGUGUUGCAAGACGCCCGCAGCAAGCUACAGAUACCGUGGGGGGACGCGGCCAACGAGGAGCAUGCUACUCAGGUCAUGGGCUGCGACACAGCGCUGCUAGAACCCGCAGUUUUUGUGCAGUUUGUGCCGAAUUGCAGGGCACUUUGGGCCGACAGCGGAAUACAGGGAGCCUACGACAGAAGGCGUGAAUUUCAGUUGGCGGACUCAGUGAAGUACUUCCUGGAUGAAUUGGAUCGAAUUGGAAAGGAGAAUUACUUGCCCACCACGCAAGACAUCCUGUACGCUCGCAAGGCCACCAAGGGGAUCGUGGAGCAUGUCAUCGACAUCAAGAACGUGCCCUUCCGGUUCGUGGAUGUGGGCGGCCAGCGUUCCCAGCGCCAGAAGUGGUUUCAGUGCUUUGAGGGCGUAACCUCCAUCCUUUUCUUGGUCUCCUCCAGCGAGUUCGACCAGGUGCUGAUGGAGGACCGCAUCACCAACCGGCUAGUGGAGUCCUGCAACAUCUUUGAGACCAUCGUCAACCACAAGUACUUCUGCCGGGUCUCCAUCAUCCUCUUCCUGAACAAGACGGACCUCCUGGAGCAGAAGAUCAAGGUGGUCAACCUCAAGGACUACUUCGCCGCCUAUGAGGGCGAGCCCACGGACCUGAAGGCGGUGCAGAGCUUCAUCCUGCUCAUGUUUGACAUGCGGCGCCGGGACCGCAGCAAAUCGCUCUUCCACCACUUCACCACCGCCGUGGACACAAACAACAUUCGGUACGUAUUCUACGCGGUCCGGGACACGAUUCUCAAGCAGAAUCUGGAGGGCCUUAUGCUGCAGUAGCUGUUCCAGGUAGUGUGAGUCUUGCCUUCUCGACGAUGGUCGCCUGUGGCCUCGAAAAAAAAAAAGAAGAAAUUACUUAAUCUAUAUAUCCAGCAUUGAUGGAAAAAGCAUCAAAAUAUUUUUUCCUCUUGUUUUUCUUCAACUCUUGUGGAAAUCAUUGAGUCACAUUUACUGUGGAAUAUAAUAUAUAUAUAUUUAUAUCCCGCAAUACACUGCAAACAAAUGCAGAUCUUAAUGCAAGAUGAGGCUCAACCUGACAGCAAUACAGGUGUCUGAAAGCCUCAUGUAGAUGAGUUGCAGUAAAUGCCAGUUUAAUGCCGUUAAUCCUAACCUUCCCGGCCCCCUCCCCGCAUUCUUCAAAAUCCUACCAGUGGUUGUGGCAUUGAGGAAGGUGGAGUCUAUCCGUUCCAUGGGGCUUUACACCCUUCAAACAUUGAAUUCAAAUCUCAAUUUGCCAUGUGCUUCCUACGGAGUAGAGGAUUUGGGAAGGUUCAGGAAGAACGGUUAGUGUGUAAGGAUUAAUGCUGUUGUAAGGGAGUCUCUCACAACUCGGAGCAUUCCUGAGCCUUUUGAGAGUGCCCGUCUGAAACACAGCGUGCUCCUCAGGGGAAAAUUGUUGCCAGCUUCCUCUUGACUGCCGAGGGCUUUUCCUGGUACACAUGGGCAGAUGUUCCCACAUAGGCAGGCCUGUCGAUCCAGGCCAUUCCUGGAUAACCCUGGAACACUAAGAACAUACAGUUCAUGUACUAAAAGCCCCGAGUUCCUGAGACAUUCCCUUGUAGCUGGUUUAAAAAACUGGGGUUGAAUGAGCGAUGCUAAAAAAAACAUGAUUUUUAAUUCUCUGUCAGAAUGACUUCUUGGAUGGUAAAUUCAUGAACAAUUUAUCCUGAUUCAAGUACACUCAGACUGUCAUGGAGAACUCGGCAAGAAUUAACUACAAUACUGUUUUUUAUGUACAUAUAUUUUCCUUUAUUGAGAUACGUGUCUUUUUUAAAAAGCAAAAUAAGUGCAGACACUGAGAAAUGGCAUUGCCAUGCUGUAAAGGUUAAUAUUGUGUCUUGUGUUGGCUUUCUGUAUUUGUUUUAAAUUUAGAGUGUAGUGUAAAUCAUGUAAAAAGAUCUGGUGGAAUGACAAGGGAAGAUUUGUUUACUAUACCUACUUGUAAUGAAAGUAUUUGACUUUCGACAGUUGACUAAAGGGCUUUUAGCAUGUGUUAAAACCUGCGUUGCGAACAAAAGAUCAGUAUACUUAAUUCUUAUUUUUUAAAUAGUAUAAAGAUUUUUGAAAUAGUACAUGUGCAUGUAGAUUGUACAUGUAAUGUUUAGGCUGUGUCUAAAUUAAUGGUGUGGCUUGGAGUAGCACACAUGCCUGAUGGAAGUGGCUGCAGCCGCAUGGCGGUGGCUGUACCAUUGGAGCACUUGUUGUUCCCAGCCACUGCCACAACUUUGAGACACUGUGUAAGAUUCCCUCAUGCAGUGCCAGUGAUGCAUUGUGGGAUAUGAUAAGUCAACCCCAAAUUCUGCUGGCUCCUUCCAAGCCUAGAGCCCAGCCCCUGUUAUAUUACAUGGGGCUUGAUGGCCCAGGAAAGCUGGAGUACAAAGAUGGCUCUAUUAGAUUCCUAAUGGGUUUAUUUUGGAGGAACUCUGAAGAUUUUGAGCAAAAGGGAAAUAAAUCACAGGGCAUCGGGUCAAUGUGAUUCUAAGUCAGUGCACAUCCUCAAAUGUUUGCUGUAAAGUUUGUAUAUGCAGGCCUGUCUUUUCAAAUUUGUGAGGAAGGCUUCAUCAUACCUGUAAAUGUACGUAUAUUUGUAAAUCCUUCCAGCGGAAACAAAGUGAGACCACAGUCCUAGCAGAGUCUUGUACCGGGUAGUGGACAUACGCAGACAGACUUAGGCUGGGUUCUAAAAUGCUGCCUGUAAAGAAAUGUGAAGUACGGUAUGUCUGACUACGUGCGCAUGUACAUGUAUGCGGUGGAACUAUUUAUGUGUUUUUCAUUUAAUGAGUGGGAGUUCAUUUUACGAGUGGGAGGAUUGAACUCUCAGCCAGCUAACCACUCUAAUUAUCCAGUAGACAUAGCCAAUCAAGGGUUUUUAAUUUUGUUUUUUUUUCAAAGCUGAAAGGUAUUACAGUUGCCUCAUUAUUUACAAAAUUUUGCUCGGAAAACAAAAGCCUGUGGAAAUGGUAAAUCAUUAGGCCUACGUGUUGAGUAAAAUUUGUCGGACGUUCCUUUGGAUACAAGUGCAUGCUUCUCCAGGGGACUACCAUGAAGUUGCAGACAUCCAUGUACAUGUACAAUUCAAAAUAAUGCCUAGAGUUCUGACGGGCCGUGUUCCCAAAUGGGAUUGUUUCUCAACUGGGAAUGUUUUCACGUGCUCUUCCUGUGUUUGUAAGAGAAAUGCUCUAAGGUAUGGAAAGUAGCAUAGGUCAAUGUCAAACCAAACACUUGCAUUGUGUGGCUUUCACACUAAUUAUUGAACAUGCAUUGCGGUCUGCUCGUAACCUCAUUUCCUUCAGUCUACAAAAGACUUCCAUUUUUACUUGUAGCUUUGAAUUACUGUGGAAACCACAUGUGCCGAGGCCAGAGCUGAACUUCAAAGCCAGAUUUUGGCACCUUGAUCUACACAGACUGCAGUAACUGCACAUCUACAGAUCCGUACAAACUUUAGUCAGUGUGGGUCUGAAGACUCACACCGGGCGGUUGACACAUCUGUAAAUUCAUGGAGAUUCUAGGCUUGGCUAGAAUGUUUGCCUCUUCCCUUUCCCCCUAAAAAUCUACAAAAAUCCAUCCAGAAUUGUUAGUGGUGGUAUGCUGGAGCAGCUCUGUUGCUGAUUAACUUAUCUUUACAAAUAAACCAGGGCAGCGAGUACUGCAAGAAUUAUAAGAGCUCUGUAGAAAAAAUUCUUUUCUGCCCAGAAUUGCCUGAUCUUGGAACGUUGGCAUUGCCGUUAUAUUGUUGGGAGGGGGAGGGGACAAAACCACUUUUUUUCUAGGGGGAAAAAUUUCCAGGAUGGGGAGAGGACAAGGCACUCAUCAGCAACAAAGUUAUAAACCACUAAUAGUACAAGGGAUUCCAUUUUGAAAUUUGUUUUUUUCAAGCAAAUUGGUGAUCUUCAUACACUUUCAUCUCAUUCCUUUUGGUUUUUUACCAUUUUUUCUUUCAUUGUUUCCCCCCGGAACAGCAAUUGCGCCCCUUGCCUCCUACCCCCCCAUGCCUAUGUCUCCAUGAAUCAACGCUCUGCAUGGGGAACUAGAAGUUGCCAUUACGUAGAGUUGACCCCCCCCAAAAAAAAGUCACAAAUGAAGUUUCAGGAAUAUCAUUUCUCUCUGAUACCUGUGCAGUAACAUUUUUUAAAGCGUAAUUCUGUCAAUUACAUACAUGUGCUGCAUUUUCUGUGGUGAAAAUGAGAGGGGGGAGGUUGUCUUUUGUUUUUACAAGUUAGACCCAACUUUCUUUAUCCCGCUUACAAAUGCAAAGAAGAAGAAAUCUGCACCUGCAUCUUGAAAUGGGCUUUCAUUUCUGCCGUUUUAGUUCAUUAGGGUCAUGAAUAUUUAUGUGAUGACACAGGGAGUUUUCAUAAAACAAGUGUGCCAUACGUAAAUCAUUGAAUUUUAAUGUGUUUUUCUGUUUUGUAUUAAAGGAGCUCUGUGUUAAUAUGCAGAUUAAGUUGUCGUAUUAUAUUAUAUAUACCAUACAUGUAUUUCCAAAUAAGAGAAAGUGGGAAACAAUUCCACGUUUGAAUGUUCUUGUCCUACUUCAGAUAUGUAUUGUACAUUUCUGGCAGCUACAUGUGUACAUGUACAUGUAUUAUGUAUCUACAAUACAUUGUACAUGUACAAGCAAUACAGAAGAUCAAAGUGGCAUUUUGAGACACGUUCGUACAUGUAUCUGUGAAGAAAAGAGAAUGCUGGAUGUACAAAGUUGCGCUUUUGAAAAUAAACCACAUCAGAGGUGAAAGCAAGCGGGACAGAUUUUGAGUCGCUUGGGGCUGUGAAUUUGUGAGUGGUGCAAGUUGUAUAUGCAUGUGUGCUUCUUUUGUCACACUGUACAUGUACACAUGCAUAUAAACCACUGACUGAGCGUUGGUGAAGGGGGGGUGACAUUAAAAUGCAGUUAUACCCGGUAGAUGAUAGAUAAAAACUUCAUUUUUCCCCCUUGGGGAACUUCAAAGACAAUAGAGCGCCUUUCAUUUUCAUUGUAUAUAAGUAUUUCUGUUAAAUUUCUGUACAUACAUGUACACUUUUCUAGCCUGAAUACAUAGUAAAUUCAUGUAGUCCGUACAUGCAUGAGACGGUCGUCUGUGUUCCUAGCAGGUUACUGUCUUUCGUUUCUCUCUUCACCUUUUUUUGCACAUUCAGUGUGGAUUCUUGAAAAUGAGUCCAGGAUGACGAUAGAAAUGUAAGCAUUUCCGUUUCUUUGGCUGAUUAGGUGUAGGUCCUAACAGUUCAGUACUAGUAUUAUUUGGUCGUAGAGUAUUACGCAGGAAGUUGAGUGGUGAAGAGCAUGCUGGGAUUGCACGGUGUUCAUGUACAUUAAAUGUGGUAACUUUUGUUCUCAAC